AUGAAGAUGACAUCAUUCCGUUCGAAUUCUGCACAACAACAAGAAUCUUCCACAAAAUCAUUUAGAAGAAAACGAGGAAGGAAGAGUUACGAAGAGAAACGAUCUGAAAAAGAGUGCACUACCAUGUCCGUCGACAUCAUUUAUCAUGACGCCCAUCAGGUUUUUCAUCUUUUGGAUCGCUGGAACCCUCGUGGUCCACCCAAAACGAGACCAGUGCAAGCACUCUUCCAACGCAACCCAUCCUCAGCAUCAGCAGAAUUCGUGGACGGAAAGACACUUCUGCACAAGUGCGUGGAGAAUUAUUGUCAUGAAGUGGAUUUGAUUCGAGAGCUUAUCCUUGCUUACCCAGAGGCACUCGAAAUGACGGAUGCCAUGGGAUAUUUGCCAUUGCAUCGAGCAUUGAAACGACAUCGCAAGACGCAUGUUCCAUCUCUGGAACUGAUUGAGCUGCUGGUAAAGAAUGCACCCAAUACGAUACAAGCAGUAGCACUAGAUGGAUCGCUGCCUUUGCAUUUGGCGGCAGAGCACAACACACGAGCAUCCCUUGAAAUUGUUCGAUAUUUGGUCGAUGCUUUUCCAGAGAGUACUCUCCGUCGUGAUUAUCAGGGGCUCUAUCCCCUUCAUCGCGCUCUGGCAACAGAUAGGCCAUCAGCAAAGGUUGUGGAAUGUAUUGCAUCGUCGUUUCCUCAAUUGCUUUCCAUGGAAGACAAUGGUGGAUUGCUUCCACUACACCGUGCUCUGAAAGAUGCAUUGGCAUUCCAAGACAAAUAUGACAGCGACUGGAACCAAACCAUCGAGGUUCUAGUCAAGCUAAACCCCAUGCCUUUGCGCAAUCUUGCUGCAGGGGAACAAAAGACUCCACUUUUACAGGCUUGUGAAGACAACAACAGCCUUUCCCAAGUAUUCAGCCUUAUCCAUGAAUGGCCGGAGCAAAUCUCUACUGGUGGGUACUCCCGCAUGGUUUUUGGGGUUGGCCGAUAA